ACCACUGCUCAGUCUGCUCUCACUCGCUGCCGCUGUACAUAACAACUGGAGGCAAACCCUAGUUUCUCCAUCCUCCGGCGGCCCCAAAUGCUCGCGCUCAUGGACGUCCUCUGCAUCUCUCUUGUCUCCUUCAUCCUCUCCCUUGCUGCUCCAGCUGAUUGUGGCUCCAUUGGAGUGAACUAUGGCAGAAUAGCUAAUAACCUCCCUUCCGCAACCAAGGUGGUUGCUCUGUUGAGGUCUCAGGGAUUGGACCGUGUCAAGGUUUACGACUCCGAUCCGGCGGUUCUCAAGGCAUUAGCCGGAUCCGGUAUAAAGGUCACCGUCAAUCUCCCUAACGAACUACUUUCCUCUACAGCGGGGCGCCCUUCCUUCGCCUACGCUUGGGUACAGAAGAAUGUCGCCGCUUACCAUCCAUCCACCGCCAUCGAAGCCAUCGCCGUUGGGAAUGAGGUAUUCGUCGAUACUCAUAACACUACCAAGUACCUCAUUCCGGCGAUGUACAACAUCUAUAAAGCGCUGAUGAAGUACGACCUACAUAGCACGGUGAAGGUCUCGUCGCCUAUUGCGCUCAGUGCCCUGCAUAACUCCUACCCGUCCUCAGCGGGCUCGUUCCGGCCGGAUUUGGUCGAAUCCGUUUUCAAGCCCAUGCUGGAGUUCCUCAGGCGGACCAAAUCGUCUCUGAUGGUGAAUGUCUACCCCUUUUUCGCCUACGAAUCGAAUGCUGAUGUUAUCUCUCUCGAUUACGCGCUUUUCCGGCAGAAUCCCGGCGUCGUCGACGCCGGAAAUGGCCUGAGAUACUUCUCCCUCUUCGACGCUCAAAUCGACGCCGUUUUCGCCGCAAUGUCGGCGGUAAAAUACGACGAUGUACCGGUCAUCGUCAGCGAAACCGGAUGGCCAUCAAGGGGGGACAAAAACGAGCUCGGCGCAAGCAUCGAGAAUGCCGCCGCCUACAACGGCGGUCUGGUCCGCCGCGUCCUCACCGGAGGCGGCACUCCCCUCCGCCCGCACGAGAAUCUGACCGUCUACCUCUUCGCACUCUUCAACGAGAACAAAAAGUUCGGGCCUACGUCGGAGAGGAACUUCGGGCUAUUUUACCCCGACGAGAAGAAGGUAUACGACAUUCCGUUCACGACGGAGGGACUGAAGAAAUAUGGAGACUCCGUGGGAUCAUCGAUCCCCGGCGGCGAGCAGAGGGUGUCGACGGCGAGCGGGCAGAGCUGGUGCGUGGCGAGAGCAGACGCGGGGAAGGAAAAGCUGCAAGCAGGCCUAGACUAUGCGUGUGGGGAAGGAGGGGCUAAUUGCCAUCAGAUCCAGCCAGGUUCCACGUGUUACGAUCCCAACACGGUAGAGGCACAUGCGUCAUACGCCUUCAAUAGCUACUACCAGAAGAAGGGCCGUGCCAUCGGCACUUGCUACUUCGGCGGAGCCGCCUACAUCGUCACGGAACAGCCCAAGUAUGGGAAAUGUGAAUUUUCCACCACCGGCAAUUGAAGGAAGGAAGCAAAAAAGAGCAGGCAUGAGGACGAUAUUGGGAGGUCAAAUUUUCUUGCUUCUAUCAAGUCUAUCAAUCGUCUCUCUCUCUCUCUCUCUCUCUAUUAUAAAUAUUUAGGUUGAUUGAUUUGAGGAGGGAGAGAUGCAGUGCGAGUAGUUGUGUUGUACUACCUCUUGGCGGGAUGCUGUAGUUACUAUUGGUAUAAUUCUUCUACUCAGCGACUACUACUACAAGUCUACAACGGUGUUAGAAUUAAAUCAGAUUAUUAUUAUUAUGAAAUAAAUAUAUAUUGUUUCCAUUUGUUUAUUAUAUAUUCAUUGUUGUCUUCUUUAUUUUGGUUGGGGGAAUCUCCUUCCUCCUGUUGUCUGCUAGUGCUCGUUCUUAUUUUAGGCCUUUAGGCGCAGCGAUGUUACAUUAAUUUAUUUAAGUGAGUGGCAGGUUUAUAUGUAAUUAUAAAAAUGAAUAUGCCUGUAUUUAAACCUGUGUGCAACGCUGUGUGCUCUAAAAUUAAAUGAAGGGAAUUUGGUAAAA